AUGUGCAAGGCUUAUCGCAACAUAACUGGCAUGGUAGCACUAUUGCUAAGCUUCCUUUUACUCCUACUGCGCGUGGAAGCAUAUGAGAAGAUUUCAGACCAGACACUCAGCAAUCUCCCCCGUCCAAACAGUGAUUUCGACAUUCAAAACGGCGCUCUACUGUCACCUAUACUUCAAACCCGCAUCCCUGGCACACCAGGCUCCACCGCUGUUCUAAACCACUUCGCCGAUUUCUUCCGAACAACACUACCGAAAUGGUCCAUUGAGGUUCAAAAUUCUACGUCGAAAACACCUACAUCAAAGGGCAAAGAUGUGCCUUUCAAGAAUUUCAUCGCUACGCGUGAUCCUCCUUGGGCACAGGUUGGUGACGUCGGACGGUUGACACUAGUUGCCCAUUAUGAUAGCAAGAUUGAGCCGAAGGGUUUCAUUGGUGGCAUCGACAGUGCUGCACCAUGCGCGAUGAUUAUGCAUGCGGUCCGAAGUAUUGAUGCUGCCCUGGAAAAGAAAUGGACCGCGUUGAAGGACCAGGGGUUGUCUGAGUAUUUGGACGAGGAACGGGGCAUACAGGUUAUCUUUCUUGACGGUGAAGAAGCCUUUGACCAUUGGACGGAUACUGAUUCCCUGUAUGGGGCGCGUGCCCUGGCAUCACAUUGGGAUGAGCAAUACUACCCGGCCAUGUCCGAGUUCAAGACUCCAUUAUCAUCGAUUUCUCUUUUUGUGCUUCUGGAUUUGUUGGGUGCAAAGGACCCGACCAUUCAAUCUUAUUAUGAGACUACGCACUGGGCAUAUCAAAGCCUGGGUGCGCUGGAAAAGCGCUUCAAGUCUUUGAAACAAUUCAAGUCUUCCUCGACUAAUUCAUGGUUUAUUGAUGCCGAGAAGGAUGGCCACAAGCUCAUGCCUCUAGGCGGUAUUCAAGAUGACCAUUUACCAUUUCUUGCCAAGGGUGUUGAAAUCCUUCAUCUUAUUGAUUACGCCCCUUUCAAGGGCUUCCCUGCGGUGUGGCACACGAUCGACGACGAUGGUGAACAUCUGGAUCUGGAUUCUGUUGAAGACUGGAGUAUGCUCGUUGCCGCCUUUGCCGCUGAGUGGAUGGAGCUGGAAGGGUAUUUCGACCACCCAUCCACCGUCCAGCCACGCACUUAUGAAGAUUCUGCUGAGUCGGUGGCCAUCCGCCUUAACAAGAAGACUGAGUUGUAA